CGAGCGGAUCCGUCUCACACUCACUGAACAUCCGCAGAAGAUGGACAAAAAACCUGCUCCUAAACCUGCUCCUCGAUCGGCUCCAGGGGCCCGCAAGAACGAUGAGCUGAAAGAGCGGUGGAACCGGUCAGGCUGUUAAACCACUCUUACUUUGCUCUGAAUGAUUGUCUCGUGAAGAUGUUGAUGGUUCUGGUUGCAGCUGGUGGGGAUGAAUGAGGUUGCUGAGGAAGGAGAGCCCCCCCCGCUGGACCCUGGACCGCAUCAGACCGGACUGGACUGCUCCAGUGGAGCGACCGAGACAGAGAAUCUGAAUGAGAAACACGUUCCACAUCCGAGCACUAAACCUCGUGAACCUCGCUGCUCUGAGAAGAAUAUCAAUAUCAAAGCAGCUCUGGAGGAUUGUUUGGUUAAACGGCUUCAGAGCAACGAGCCGCAGGUCAAGAAAUGCUUUCAGAAGGGAAACAUUUCGAGAGAAUCUGCAGUGGUUUCAGAUUCGGACUUCAGGUCCUUCAUGCACACAAGUGCAAGCUUCACAAACGCUCUUCAGUUCUUUGUUUCUCAUCUGCCAAGUUGUGCAAGUGCUCUAGAAAGACAGCAUGCUGAGCUGCAGGAGGUGGCUGGAGUCGUGGAUAAGACGCACAAAGGCGUGAAGAUCGCCGGCAUCACCGGAGGAGCCACGGGAGCGGUGGGCGGCGCGGCGGCCGUGGCCGGGAUCCUCCUGUCCCCCGUGACCCUGGGAGCGUCUCUGGCCAUGACGGUGGUCGGGGUCGGGGUCGCGGCCGCUGGCGGGGUCACCGGGGCCUCGGCCGCCAUCACCAACAAAGUCAAGAAAAACCAGGUCAGGAAUAAAGUGGAAACAAUCCUGAAGGACUACCAAAGUGAGAUGAAGGACAUUGAAGGUUACUUAAACAACAUUAACACAGAGAUGGGGAAACUCCGAGAAUAUGACCUGCUGACGCUGGAGCGCGUGAAUGUCAAAUCCGCAAAGAUUGCACGGCUGGUCAAGAUAGUCGACGGAACGUCGACGGCGCUGUGCGUGAUGAGCAGGUCCUCGGGCGUGAUUGAGGGCUUUGCCCGCGGCAUGGAUCUUUUCUUCACCCAAGAAGAUUCACAGAAACUCAAGAAAGAGUCAAAGACCAGUUUUGCCCAGCAGAUCCGCGAGGUGGCAGGACAGAUUGAGGCCGGCUGUGCAGAGCUGAUGGACAUGAGAGAGAAACUGCUCUCAGAAGGGAUGUGAGCUCAGCAAUGGUGUUAAAAUAUAGUGAAUAAUGCUGAAUGAAAGGAGUGUUGCUUCGUUUGUUGUCGCUAGAGGGCUGCUUCUUAUAACUUUGCGUACUCUUGUGCAGGCAUGUAUUCUGUGAACCUUUGCAAAUGCCAAAAUAAUAAAAAGAUGUUCCUGAGAAGCUUGCUCGACUAGAAUAUUUUGAGCAUUUCAUGUUAGCCAUUCUUUGUCUAUUCCAUAAUGAAUAAUCAGAUCAUACAAGCAGGAAAAGGAGAAACGAAAGGGUUGUCGCUUCAUUAAUGUUCACUAGAGAUCAGAUUCCUACAGUUUCUUAUAACUCUGUUUUACUCUCGACAUGCAUUCUUGUUUUGUACCAAGUGUCAAAAUAAUAUCAAUAAAACGAUUUUCCUGAGAUUUAAUUGAUGCUUGAGGGUUUCAUGUGUGAUCAUUAUUUCCAUUCCAUAAAGAAUAAUCAGAUCACACAAAUAGAAAAAAACGAAAGGGUUGUCGCUUCAUUAAUGCUCACUAGAGGUCAGACUCCUAGUUUCUCUGUUUUACUCUCGUGUAGGCAUGCAUUCUUGUGUUGUACCUUUGCAAAAGUGUCAAAAUAAUAAUAAUAAAAAUAUAGCAUAUUUAGAGCAUUUCGUGUGUAUUUUAACACUGCAUUCUGUCUCC